UGGGCUUGUAUAAGCCCAAUAGUGAGGAAGAUUAAUUAAUUCAUUCCGAAAGGAUAUUUACCGCCGCCGCCGACGACGCCGCGCCGGUAGUCGAGAAAUGAUAGCUUGUAGGUCUCUGUUGAGACUGAACCUUCUAAUUCGUGAAACUGCAAACACUUCUGCCAAAUCGAAGCCCUUCCUGAAUUUCCAGAAGCCUAAGUUUUGGCAUGGUUUUAGCUGCGAGUUGAAUAUGGAUGCUAGAAGUGGUAGGGGAAAUGUGAAUGAUCGGAAAUAUCGACAAAAUGUCAAGCAAACAUGGAGAGCUGUGUCUACUCAGCCUGAUCGCUCUGAGGAUGAUGGUGAGAAGGUGAUGGCACAAAAUCGAGGGGAGGAAGUGUGUCAUAUUACUUCUUCGACUGUCUCAAUAGCUGAAGGUGGAAAGAGUGAUAAAUCACUGGAUGAAAACUCAACAUCUGCUAAGAAACAUUCACUAUCUAUGGAUAUAGGAGCAUCCUUAAUGCGGUUCAUCAAAGGGAAGGGGGGAGACACUCAGAAGAAAAUUGAGGUCGAGACUGGAGUUAAAAUUAUAUUUCCAUCAUCUAGAAAAGAAGAUUCAAUACUCCUUGAAGGCAACUCCGCUGAAAGUAUUACUCAAGCAUCUGAGAUGAUACAAGCUAUUAUUGACAAGGCUGUUAAUAGUCGAGAACUUGACUAUUCUCACUUUGUCUCACUUCCUUUGGCUAUUUAUCCUGGACUACUUGACAAACUUGUCAAUUUUCAAGAAACUAUACUUGGAAAAACAGCUGAUGAUAAAGAUAAAAUUACGGACGACGAAAAUCAAUCUACAGGUCCAAAGGUUUCUGCUGAAUUGGAAGCAAAGAGAAACGACACCCAACACCCAACUGAAACACCUUUAGUUGCUGAAGUCAAAGCUGUUGGUGCUGAUACACAUGUCAGAGCAAAUAUAACGAACAUUCCUCUUGUCAGUUACCCUGUCAAAGAAUCAAAGGCUACCAGUUCUUCUAAAAUGAUAGACUCAGGGAUUGAGAAGUCCAUUUUUAUUAAACCAACAACCUUUCACCUAACUGUUCUCAUGCUGAAGUUAUGGAAUAAGGAGCGGGUUAAAUCAGCUACAGAGGUUUUGCAGAGCGUCUCAUCAAAAGUAAUGGAUGCUUUAGAGAACCGGCCACUUUCGAUUAGACUUAAGGGACUGGACUGCAUGAGAGGCUCUAAGGCCAAGGCGUUUGUUCUUUAUGCACCUGUAGAAGAAAUUGGUGGCGAGGGACGACUUUUGCGUGCUUGCAAAGUCAUCACCGAUGCAUUUGUUGAUGCUGGCUUGGUCGUUGGGAAUGAUGCCGGACAGCUGAAGUUGCAUGCCACCCUUAUGAAUGCGCGUCACAGGAAAAGGAAGACGAGAAGUGCAAGGGUGGACCCGUUUGAUGCAAGAGGCAUUUUUGAUCUGUAUGGUAACGAGGAAUGGGGCGAGUAUUGUAUAAGCGAAGCUCAUCUUUCUCAAAGGUUUGCAUUCGAUGAGAAUGGCUACUACCAUUGCUGUGCUUCAAUUCCUUUCCCAGAAAACGUGCAAAAAGAUUGAUCUAUUCACCUUUGAGAUUUUACCAUUACCAAGAAAAUUGACCAUAGUUUGUAAUGCAACUUUAUCUGCUUGAAUUUCCAGUAAUUCACCUCUUGAAUA